UCUUCAACUGCAGAAAAAGUUGUCUACCUUGUGGUUUUUCAUCUGUCAUUUGUCAUGUUUGUAUGGUCCUAUUGGAAGACAAUUUUCACAGCUCCUGCAUCCCCCUCUAAUGAGUUCUGCUUGUCAAAAGCUGAUAAAGAACAAUAUGAAAAAGAAGAGAGACCAGAAUCCCAGCAGGAGAUUUUGAGAAGAGCUGCUAAAGACUUGCCUAUCUAUACGACAACAGCAUCGAGAGCAAUCAGAUACUGUGAUCGAUGCCAGCUAAUCAAACCUGACCGCUGCCACCACUGUUCUGCAUGUGACAUAUGUGUACUAAAAAUGGACCACCACUGUCCAUGGGUGAAUAAUUGUGUGGGAUUUUCUAACUACAAAUUCUUCCUCCUGUUUUUAAUGUAUUCCUUACUGUACUGUCUGUUUGUUGCUGCUACAGUCUUGCAGUACUUCAUAAAGUUUUGGACAAAUGAAUUGCCAGAUACCCAUGCAAAAUUCCACGUACUAUUCCUUUUCUUUGUGGCAGCCAUGUUCUUCAUCAGCAUACUCUCACUCUUCAGCUACCACUGCUGGCUAGUUGGCAAAAACAGAUCAACCAUAGAAACAUUCCGUGCACCCACAUUUCGAAAUGGCCCUGAUAAAAAUGGCUUUUCUCUUGGAUGCAGCAAAAAUCUGAGGGAGGUUUUUGGAGAUGAAAAGAAGUAUUGGCUAAUCCCUAUCUUUACCAGUUUGGGCGACGGGUGUAAUUUUCCAACUCGUUUGGUGAUUAUGGAUCCAGAGCAACUUACUGUCUCAAGCCAAAAUGAACCUGACAAAAGCUCUGGAGCCAAUCAGUCCUUUCCUACUCGACCACUCAGUGAAUCACAAAAUCGAUUGCUAGCCAGUGACACUCAGUGGGUGGAAAGUGGCCCUGAAGAGGAAAAUGUUAAAUCAGGUGCAAAAAAGCAUAUUAUAGUUUCAUUGGAAAGCUGAUCUCAGCUUAUUGCUAACCAACCAUCUCAAUGAGAAACAGGUUUCUGCAACACAUUUUGUGCUUGAAUAUUACUUAAUUUUGUUUGGAAGAAGUUGAUCAGUAAAAAAUGGAACAUGAACAUUUUAGGAAGAGAUAAGAAAUUCAAGUUUCUGCACAGUACAAUGGAUUCUUGUAAGCACUAUUGCAGAGCAGGGAAGUUAAGACAGAUGCCUUAAGAUUCUUAAUGUGCAUUUAUGCAACACUGAAUUAUAUACUGCUACCAAAGGGCCAAAUCCUGAAGUGCCCUGCUUGGAUGCACAAGGUCCAGAGCAGGAACUAUGCAUUUCUGUUAUGCUGCAGUGGUGGGGGUAGAUUGCAGACUCCUACCUCCCCAUGUGCAAACUUCAUACCUUAGGCACUGCAGAAGUCACUUCCAUAGCAGGUUUCCAGGGUACAGAACAAAAGAAAGAAGGAAAAGGGAAAAAGAAAAGGGGAGGAGGGUGCAAGAAAAAUCAACAUAGAGCAUGGCCGGUGAGUCUGAAGUGCGACUAUACAUAGUUCAAACACCAGGUGAUGGGGAAGGAACUGGAUGAUGUCUU